UGGGAAUGUUCCAGCAGAAUUCCCCACUCCAUCCUUUCUGCUGGGAAGCACCACAUUGGCAGCAUGAGGAGCACAGCAGUGAUUCUGGCCUGUCUGGUUCUCCUGCUCCUGGCACAGGAAGGAAAAGGGGAAGGGAACACGGUGAGGCUCUGCGGGAGAGACUUCAUCAGGGCCGUGGUGUUCACGUGCGGCGGCUCACGCUGGAGGAGGCACCUCACUGCUUACCAUGGCCUGGGUGAGAAUGAAAACCCCCAGCCUUUCCCACACGAGGACGAGGGUGAUGCUGACUUCUCAUCACACACAGAGCAGGGGCUGGGGAUCCACAGCGAAGAACCCCAGGAYGUCAAACCUGAGCAGGACUUGCAAAACAGCAGCAAAGUUUCUGUGCUGAACAAGCGUGAGGCGGCCAAGCUGCUCACCACAUCCUGCUGCAACGUGGGCUGCAGCAGGAGAGAGAUCAGCUCCCUGUGCUGA